CCCCUGACAACGAGCUGGAGCCCUCCGCCAGGCCGCCUAAUAAGGACGUUAGACGACGCUACUUGUCUGAAGAGGCCGGGGAUAUCGCCACUUGUUAUCCGUCGCCAGUCGCAGCUCCUCAGCACCAUGUCCCGAUACUCUAGGCCGCCCAACACCUCUCUGUUCGUCAGGACGUGGCCGAUGCCACUAGGCCGGAGGAUUUGCGGCGUGAGUUUGGUCGGUAUGGCCCAAUAGUAGACGUUUACAUUCCUCUUGACUACUACAAUCGUCGCCCCAGAGGAUUUGCUUAUAUUCAGUUUGAAGAUGUUCGUGAUGCUGAAGAUGCCCUUUAUAAUCUAAACAGAAAAUGGGUUUGUGGACGUCAGAUUGAGAUACAAUUUGCUCAAGGUGAUCGGAAAACUCCUGUGCAAAUGAAAUCGAAGGAGAGGCAUGCCUGUUCCCCAGUUGAUCGCAGGAGGUCUAGAAGCCGCAGUAGAAGACGUACACGUAGUCGAAGCUCUUCUUGGGACCGCAGCAGGAGGAGGGCAAGGCACAGAAGACAUUCGUAUAGCCAUUCAAAAUCCCAUUCAAAGUCACCUGUAAGAUGGUCAAGAUCACCCCAAAGACAUUUGUCAAGAGGACGGUCUAGAUCAGCAGAGAAAUCACCAUCUGGCUCUCCACCAAAGCAGUCUGGAUCAAAGGCACGAUAUGGCCAACACCGCUCUGGCUCUGCACGAUCUCGUUCAAAGUCUCCUCAUUACAGACACUCGAAUUCUAACUCGCAUAAGGAAAUAACCCAAAACUCCCGUUCAAGAUCUAGGUCACGGGGCUACAGGGGAAAGAGCAGCCGACAAUCUGGUUCUGAUGAAGAUUAA